CACAUCAUCAAAUCAGUGAUCUUGAUCCUAUAUAUUCAUCAUACGGUUCUGCCACUCGUCGGUUGAGAUGGGGUCGCAGCUGCAAGAGGAAGUACAGUGGCCACUCAACAAGGUCCGAGACACUUUUGUUCAGUUCUUUGAAGGAAAAGAGCAUGUGUUUUGGCGUUCUAGUCCGGUUGUGCCGCUCAAUGAUCCGACUCUCCUCUUUGCCAACUCUGGUAUGAACCAGUUCAAGCCUAUCUUUUUGGGAACUGUUGAUCCUAACAAUCCCAUGGGCAAACUUACUCGUGCUUGCAAUACCCAGAAGUGCAUUAGGGCUGGUGGAAAACACAAUGAUCUGGAUGAUGUAGGGAAAGAUACUUAUCAUCACACAUUCUUCGAGAUGCUUGGUAACUGGUCAUUUGGUGAUUAUUUUAAGAAAGAGGCCAUUGAAUGGGCAAUGGAACUUCUCACUAAGGUCUAUAUGCUACAUACUGAUAGGAUUUACGCUACCUACUUUGGUGGUGAUGAGAAAGCUGGACUUGCUCCUGAUAAUGAAGCUAGAGAUAUAUGGCUUACUUUCUUACCGCCAGGGCGCGUAUUGCCCUUUGGUUGCAAAGACAAUUUUUGGGAGAUGGGUGAUACUGGACCCUGCGGACCCUGCACGGAAAUACAUUUUGACAGACUAGGGGAUCGUGAUGCUGCUUCACUGGUUAAUAAUGAUGAUCCUACAUGUAUUGAGAUAUGGAACAUUGUCUUUAUUCAGUUCAAUCGGGAAGCAGAUGGUUCACUUAAAUCUCUCCCUGCAAAGCAUGUAGAUACUGGAAUGGGCUUUGAAAGAUUAACUUCUAUCCUCCAGAACAAGCUGAGCAAUUAUGACACAGACGUGUUUGUACCAAUCUUUGAUGCCAUCCAACAGGCAUCUGGUGCUCGUCCAUACUAUGGGAAAGUUGGGUCAGAUGAUACAGACAAAGUUGAUAUGGCUUAUAGAGUUGUUGCAGACCACAUUAGGACUCUUUCCUUUGCAAUAGCAGAUGGUUCUUGCCCAGGUAAUGAGGGACGUGAUUAUGUGCUCAGACGUAUUCUUCGUCGAGCAGUACGCUAUGGCACUGAAGUUUUGAAAGCAAAACCGGGUUUUUUCAAUGGGCUUGUAAGUGUUGUGGUGCAAGUAAUGGGUGAGACUUUCCCAGAGCUCAAACAACAUGAAGUGCACAUCACAGAGACAAUUGCAGAGGAGGAAGCUAGUUUUGGGAAAACAUUGCUUAACGGCAUUGAGAAAUUUAAGCGGGUGGCACAAGAACUACAAGGAAAAAAAUUAAGUGGACAGGUUGCUUUUGUCUUGUGGGAUACAUAUGGGUUUCCUCUAGAUUUAACUCAGUUGAUGGCGGAAGAAAGAGGCUUGGAAGUUGAUAUUGAAGGCUUUGACAUUGCUAUGAAUGAAGCAAAAGAAAGGUCAAGAAAUGCCCUUAACAAGCAAGCUGGAGGUACUUUCCUAAUAGAUGUGGAUGGUAUCUCUUCUUUACAUAAAAAGGGGGUUCCCCCAACCAAUGAUAACUUCAAGUUUGCAUGGUUUCAGGAUCACCACAGCACGGUGAAAGCUAUUUAUACGGGAAGAGAAUUCGUGGAAAGCACAAAUUGCAACUCUGAAGUUGGCAUUGUACUUGAGACUACAAGCUUCUAUGCUGAACAAGGCGGUCAGAUAUAUGAUAGUGGAUUGCUUGAAGGCCCUUUCGGUUCAUUUCAAAUUUCUAAUGUACAAAUUUAUGGAGGCUUUGUUGUUCACAUUGGUUUCUUUACUGGGGAAACUGGCAAACUGGCUGUUGGUGAUAAAGUUAUUUGUAAAGUUGAUUAUGACAGGCGUAAACUUAUAGCUCCUAAUCAUACAUGUACGCAUAUGUUGAACUUUGCUCUCAGGGAAGUACUUGGAAAUCAUGUUGACCAGAAAGGCUCAAUUGUUCUUCCUGAGAAAUUAAGAUUUGAUUUUUCCCAUGGCAAGCCUGUUAAACCAGAUGAAUUGAGGAAGAUAGAGGCAAUUGUUAAUGAACAAAUUAAGGCUGAAAUGGACGUAUCUUCCAAGGAGGCAUCAUUAGCUGAUGCUAAGCGUAUAAAUGGUUUACGAGCUGUGUUUGGAGAAAUCUAUCCUGAUCCAGUAAGGAUCGUAGCUAUUGGUAAAAAGGUGGAAGAUAUACUGGCUAAUCCAGAAAGUAAUGAGUGGACUUCAAUAUCUGCAGAGCUUUGCGGAGGGACCCAUAUUUCAAAUACUAGAGAGGCCAAAGCUUUCGCUCUUUUGUCUGAGGAGGGCAUUGCUAAAGGCAUUCGUAGAGUAACUGCUGUUACAACAUAUCCAGCUUUCAAGGCCAUUGACUUGGCGGUUUCACUUGAGCGGGAAGUAGUUGAGGCAUCAAAGAGUGAAGGAAGCUUGUUAGAGCAGAAUGUAACUUCUCUAAAUCAUCUAGUGGAAUCAGCAACUAUUCCCGCUGCCAGGAAAGCUGAUCUCAAGUCCAAACUCUCUGUGCUUCAGAGUCAAGUGAUAAAAGCUAAGAAGAAGAUUGCUGAAGAAAACAUACAAAAGGCCAUUAAAGCAGCUGCUGAGACAGCAGAAGCUGCUGCUUCUGAAGGAAAAUCUUUCUGCAUAUCGUACGUUGAUGUUGGAUACGACACAACUGCUUUGCGUGAAGCUGUUUUCAAAUGCAUGGAAAAGAAUAUUGCAGUUAUGGUUUUCAGCACAGUGGUAAGUUCAAACAAGGCACUAGUAUGUGCAGGAGUACCUGAAGAAGUAGAUAUAUGGAAAAAUCUGAAGGUGGUCGAAUGGUUAGAGGAAGCACUGAAGCCUCUCAAAGGGAAAGGCGGUGGAGGUAAAGGGGGUCUUGCUCAAGGCCAGGGAUCUGAAAUAUCUAACUUGGAGGAAGCAAUGAAGCUAGCCAACUCGUUUGCCACUUUGAAGCUGCUGUAAGAAUCUGUGCAAUUUAACCAUACAAUAUGUUUCUGUCUGUUGACGAAAACAAAGAAAUAAUGAAUCUAAUCGGGAGAUAAACUGGCUGUUUGUAACCAUCUAUUUAUCUUCUUAUUUCCUGAUGCAAAGGUGUGAAAUGGAGACCAAAUGCUCUGAUUCUUUAGC